AUGUGGAGGCUGAAGGUCGGGGAGGGCGGCGGCGGCGGGUCGUCGGCGUGGCUGCGGUCGACGAACGGGUUCCUGGGCCGGGCCGUGUGGGAGUUCGACGCCGGCGCCGGCACGCCGGAGGAGCGGGCCCAGGUGGAGACGCUGCGCCGGGAGUUCGCCGACGGCCGCUUCCGGCGCAGGGAGUCCGCCGACCUCCUCUUGCGCCUGCAGUAUGCCAAACAAAACCAGCAACACCAGCUGCAGGAAGAUGGUGAUCUCGGGCGUCGUCGUCUGCCUCCCAUGAGAAAACUCAAGGAGGAGGACGAGGUCACCGACGAGGUCACGCUGGCAUCGCUGCGGCGAGCCCUCGACCAGUUCUCCUCGCUGCAAUCGGGCGAUGGCUGCUGGCCCGGCGACUUCAGUGGGAUCAUGUUCAUCAUGCCCGGCUUGAUAUUUGCUCUACAUGUCACUAGGUCGAUCGGCACCGUGUUGUCGCCAGAGCAUCGGCGAGAGAUACUGCGCUACAUUUACAACCAUCAGAACGAAGACGGAGGAUGGGGCACGUUGGUCUUGGGCUCGAGCAGCAUGUUCGGCACGUGCUCAAACUACAUCACCCUAAGGCUCCUCGGCGAGGAGCUAGAUGGGAAUUCUUCGUUGGCGCGGGGACGUGGCUGGAUAUUAUCCCACGGCGGCGCGACUCUUGUGCCGCAGUGGGGCAAGAUAUGGCUCUCGAUACUUGGGGUGUACGAUUGGUCCGGGAAUAAUCCGAUCUUCCCAGAACUAUGGUUGGCGCCACAAUUCCUCCCGUUCCAUCCAGGGAAAUUCUGGUGCCUGUGCCGUUUGGUGUACCUCCCCAUGGCGUAUCUGUACGGGAAGAGAUUCGUGGGGCCCGUCACGCCGACGGUUCUUGCAAUAAGGGAGGAGAUCUACGACAUCCCCUACCACACGGUUGACUGGGGCCAGGCUCGUAACGCCUGUGCAAAGGAGGACCUUCUGUGUCCACGUACAGCGUUGCAGAAUGCUGUGUGGACUUCACUCUACAAGUGUGUGGAGCCAGUCCUGAGCAGCUGGCCAAUCAACAAGCUGAGGGAGAGAGCUCUGAAAAACCUCAUGGAGCACAUCCAUUACGAGGAUGAGAACACGCAGUACCUCUGCAUAUGCUCUGUUAGCAAGGCUCUGAACAUGGUCUGCUGCUGGGAUGAAAAUCCGAAUUCGGAAGCGUUCAAGCGGCAUCUUGCAAGGGUACCUGAUUUCUUGUGGCUCUCGGAAGAUGGCAUGAAGGCGCAGGUGUAUGAUGGCUGCCAGAGCUGGGAGACAUCUCUCAUAAUUCAAUCAGUUUGCGCUACUGAUCUCGUUAGUGAGUAUGGUCCAACUAUGGAGAGAGCCAAUGCGUUCAUGAAAAAUUCACAGGUUCUAUGGAAUCAUCCCGGUGACCCAAGCUAUUCACACCGCCACAGAUCGAAGGGUUCAUGGACUCUUUCAAGUGCUGACAAUGGAUGGACUGUAUCUGACACUACCGCAGAAGCACUUAAGGCCGUACUGUUGCUGUCAAGGAUUUCUAGCAAGCUCGUUGGGGACCCAAUAGAAAGAGAAAGGGUGCAUGAUGCUGUUGAUUGCCUUCUAUCUUUUGUGAACAAAGAUGGUACCUUUUCUACAUAUGAAUGUAAAAGAACUUCUGCCUGGAUAGAGAUCCUCAAUCCUUGUGAGAGUUUUCCAAACAUGAUCAUCGAUCAUCCAUAUCCGGAGUGCACCUCCUCUGUGCUUCAAGCCCUGGUGCUGUUCAAAGAACAACAUUCUGGUUAUCGUACUAAGGAGAUAGAAAAAUGUAUCACAAAUGCCGCAAAGUUUAUUGAGAGCAGACAAGGAGAAGAUGGUUCAUGGCUAGGCACCUGGGGUGUGUGCUUCACCUAUUGGGCGUUCUUUUCAGUUAAAGCAUUAGUCGCAGCUGGAAGAACGUAUGAGAACAGUUCUUCCAUCAGGAAGGCAUGCCACUUUAUAUUAUCAAAGCAGCUCAAAACUGGUGGAUGGGGAGAAAGUCAUGUCUCUAAUGAAACAAAGGCUUAUGUAAAUAUUGAAGGUGACCGUGCUCAUGCAGUGAAUACUGCUUGGGCAAUGUUGACUUUAAUAUAUGCUGGGCAGAUUGAACGAAAUCCAGCACCACUUCAUCGGGCUGCAAAAGAAUUGAUCAAUAUGCAGAUGGAUACAGGAGACUUUCCCCAACAAGAACACGUCGGAUGCUUCAACUGCUCCCUGUUCUUCAAUUACCCGAACUACCGCAACCUGUUCCCUGUUUGGGCUCUCGGGGAGUACCGUCGUCGUCUUUGCUCGAAAAAUAUAAACGGGUCUCCAUCGUCGUGACGAACAGACAGAUGAUGUGGCAGGAACACCCAAAGUCAGCUGCAAAUGUUGCCCUGAUUAAACAACUUAGCUGUAUGCAUCUCCAAGAAACGAAGCAGAAGGCUAUUCAUAGCAUUAUACUUGUAAUACUAUAUACACUACUGAACUGUAAAGCUAGCUGGAGUAUGUAUUAUAAUUCUGAUGGCAACUUAUAUUAAUUAUACUAGUAUGAUAAACCUGCAUGCUC